ACGAUGUUUAGGGUAAAAGAGUAGGUACCAAUUUGAUAAAUAUAAAACCAUUUAAAACGUAUACUUACAUUAUUCAUGCUAAUUAAAUAGUUUCUAAAUUGAACACACAUCAUGAAUAAGUUUACGGGUUUAUGGCGCAUAAACCAUUUCCAGUUUCAGCAAUUAAGGUUAGGUCACAAAAUGAGGGGUAAACCUCCAAUUUUUUGUAGAUCUAUAAAAGAACGUUUAGAUGAGUUAAAUUAUAAGGACGAAUUGUACACCAAACGAACUGAUAUUGGGUUUCCACCUGAGAAGAAAUGUGCAUCAACAGCUCGUAUAAACCGUUUAGAACAAACUAAAAAAAAUAAGAAUGAUAAAAGUCUUGAACAGUUAGCACGAAAAGGAAUUUUAGAGAUUGACUUGGACAAAUCUAAAGAGGAUUGGCUAGCAUCAUUAGGGCCGCUCCACAAGAAACAAAUAGCCGAGCAUUAUGCUAUAUAUGAACAUUUGUAUGGAGAAGGCUUUUUCAUACCUCAUUUACAUUUGGAUAUAUUCUAUGAUUUAAAAGAUGGCAAUUGUCUGCCUGUAUACUAUGGAAAUGUCAUAAAACCAGCUGAAGCAUUGGAGAGCCCUAUUGUUUCUUUUGAGUCAGAUGGCAAUACUCUAUGGACAUUGGCAUUAACUAAUCUAGAUGGGCAUUUAAAAGAAAACAAUAAGGAGUAUGUGCAUUGGCUUAUUGCUAAUAUUCCUGGUAAUUCUAUUGAAAAAGGUGAUGUUAUUGUAGAUUAUUUACGUCCAUUCCCAUUGAAAGGCACAGGAUACCAUCGAUAUGCAUUUGUGCUUUAUAAACAGGAUAAAGAAAUUUCAUAUGAUUUACCUCAAAUUACAACAUCAUCCCCCCUUGAAGAUAGAACAUUUAGCACAAGAGAUUGGUACAAGAUGUAUCAAGAUAACAUUACUCCGAUAGGACUUGCUUUUUAUCAGACUGAUUGGGAUGCAACUGUUAAAGACUUCUUCCACAAAACAUUAAAUCAAAAAGAACCCAUUUAUGAAUAUGAUUUCCCAGCACCAUACAUAAAACCUCAAGAAUGGUUUCCACUUAGAGAACCAUUCAACUUAUACAUGGAUAAAUACAGAGAUCCUAAGCAAAUUAAUAAGGAAUAUCUCUUACGUAAACUCAAAAACGAAGAUCCAUUCAAGACUCCUCCACCACCUCUCAAGUUCCCCAAUGCUCAAUACCUACCAAGGAAUAUGCCUUCAUGGUUGAAGUUACAUGAGAAAAAGAUAAGAAAUCAUUGGGGAAGAGUAAAUGACGUGUAAAAAUAAAACAAAUAAAUGAAUAUAGACAAUU